GUUCCUCUUGGCUGGUUUUUCUGUGUUUCUGUAGUUCUACUUUGCAGUCUGCGCUGUGUGAGAGGUUUAAAAUGGCUAUAUGAAGUUCUGCUUGCGCCACCAGAAAAGUGGGUCUCAAAAGCUGUUUGUGCUUGAUGUUGAUACGAGACGUCUCCAAUAAUAAAAGGAGCCGUUCCAAUUGGUCCGUACUUUCCCAUGAAGGCGAUGAUUCACUAAUGGAGGGGUUGGCUUAUCCACCAGCUGCAACGCCGCUCUCGAGCCUGCCCCAUCUCACUUGAUGACCUAAUUGGCGAGCAGGUCAACUAUGGAACAGGUUUUAUCCAUGAGCUCCGCUUUCUUUGAAAUUUAACAUUUAAAACGAGGUAAAUGUGAGGUGGCACCGCCGUUUCUCUUUUUUUCUCUCUCUCCCCCACCACCACCACGCACCGCACUUGUCUUCACCGAGUCACCUUCGCGUCUUCGGUUCACCUGGCACUUCUGACACGACCUCAGCGUCCCGCACGAGUUCUGCCGAGUCCCGCACGGAUCGCCUUCAGCAUCCAGUCGCACUUCAGGACGCGGAAAACACGAAACUUCUGGGUGUCUCAAGUUUACGCACAAGAUGAGUAUCAAGUCUGACUCCGAGCCAAACAACAACGUGUCCAUUGAAGAGGAGGUACGAACUCUAUUUGUCAGUGGGCUGCCGACGGAUAUCAAACCUCGUGAGCUGUAUCUGCUGUUUCGACCAUUUAAGGGUUAUGAGGGUUCACUUAUCAAGUUAACAUCAAAGCAGCCUGUUGGGUUUGUAACCUUUGAUAGUCGUUCCGGCGCUGAAGCGGCAAAAAAUGCAUUAAACGGGGUUCGAUUUGACCCUGAAAACCCGCAGACCCUCCGGUUAGAGUUUGCUAAGGCCAACACGAAGAUGGCAAAGAGUAAGCUGAUGGGCACUCCGAAUCCCACAAAUAUCCACCCAGCUCUAGGAGCGCACUUCAUAGCACGGGACCCAUAUGACUUGACAGGGGCAGCUCUGAUCCCAGCGUCUCCAGAGGCCUGGUCUCCUUACCCUCUCUACACCCCGGAGCUCAGCCCUGGACUGCCCCACACGGCUUUCACCUACCCAGCAGCGGCCGCCGCAGCAGCAGCUGCACUUCAUGCUCAGAUGCGCUGGUAUCCUUCCACUUCAGACUCAUCCCAGCCUGGAUGGAAAUCACGGCAGUUCUGUUAAAACAUGGUUUCUUGAAAUGGCGUCUUCCAGUUCCUGUUUAAAAUCAGUCCAGUUCAUUUGAACUUUUUGGUUUUUGGAUGUAGUAAAUCCUUCGGAACUGGGCUGUGAGAGAAAAUUUGAGUUUGCAUUGAAAUCAUUGCCAACAGCACAAAAAUAUGAGACGUAUAGAUGGUACAGUACCCCUUAGCAGUUCUUAAUGGAUGCUCCCCCUCCAUUCUUGUAUUGAAGAAUUUAAGACUAAAUUCUCAUUCAUUAAAGAUUUGCUCUGGGUCUAAGUAAAAUGAGACAAUCAACUGAAGCUGACAUUGAGCAUGUUAGUUUUGGCAUGAAGCGUAACUCUGUGCGUCAUUGUAGUAUGUUUGUUGCUUCCAUGACCGGUGUAACCUUGUCCAGUUUGUCUUGUGUUUAGUAGCUUGGUCAUUGAAGUUGCUUGUACAAAACUGUGGCCAACUUAUUUUUGGGUAACGUGAUGUCCAGACAGCCAGAUGGUUUUCCCCCCUGCUAGUUUCCACUGUAACACAUCACAGAGGGCCUGAUGACUUCAUAAAAUGAGACGACCUCGAUCUAGAGUGUGUGACUGGGGAGAGUUUGUGCAAUUGAAAUAAGUAAUUUGUAUAAAUUAUUGAUAACUCUUUCUGUGUUGACAUUUGUUUUUGUAUCUAUGUCCUUAGCAGUUUCAGAGGUUAAGUUGUAAUUUUUUUUUUGGUUUGUUUUUCUUUCGUUUUUGACUGUGUCAGUGUGGCACAACUAACAGUAUAUGGACAGCAAGUUUGCUGCUAACAUGAAAUUGCUGUUUCAAGUUAAUACUCUGAAUAUAAAGAUAUGCUACAAUGGUGCAUGAUUUUAAUGGGUGUAGUCAUGGUUAAUUCAGACAUCUGAAAUGUAUUUGUUUAAAAAAAAAAAAGUGUUUGGUGUACAAAAAUACUACUGUAUGAUAUAGUAUUAAAAUGGGAAUGCAUUAAAA